UCUUGACCUAAAGAAACCGGACAAAAAUUCGAAGUCAUUGGAAUAAAAAGAAAGAAAAGGGCUUUGGAGGUUGGUUACUAAGAUACCAGAAGAAUAGACAAAUAUUGGGCUUGGCUGGAUCUUGUGCCUCUUUAGCCAACACUUACCACACGGAGCAGGCCUUGUACAAAAUAGCGUGGAAAGCAAUUGCUGAACCAAGCGAGCAAGUUGAGGCUAGUAGGGAUCGGUACUAAUUUAUUGCUAUAGGGAUUUUCAUGGCUUCCACCAGCGUGCAAGGAAUAACCUCAUCUUCAUCUUCUUCUUCUCCUCCUCCACUAUAUAUGCAUGAUGUGUUCCUUAGUUUUAGAGGCAAAGACACCCGGAACAACUUUACUAGUCAUCUAUAUUCUAAUCUGGCUCAGAGAGGCAUCGAUGUAUACAUGGAUGAUAGGGAGCUCGAGAGAGGAAAGACCUUCGAACCUGCUCUCUGGAAGGCCAUCGAAGAAUCAAGGUUUUCUGUCAUUGUAUUUUCAAGACAUUACGCUUCUUCACCAUGGUGCUUGGAUGAACUUGUCAAGAUUGUUCAGUGCAUGAAAGAGAUGGGGCACACUGUUCUGCCAGUGUUUUAUGAUGUGGAUCCCUCAGAGGUAGCCGAGCGCAAAGGGACAUAUGAGAAAGCCUUCGUUGAGCAUGAACAAAAGUUCAAGGAAAAUUUGGAGAAGGUCCAGAACUGGAAAGAUUGUCUCGCUACAGUGGCCAAUCUAUCAGGCUGGGACGUGCGGGAUAGGAAUGAGUCGGAAUCAAUUAAAAUAAUUGCUGAAUACAUAUCGUACAAACUAAGCGUCACUCUGCCAACAAUUAGCAAAAAAUUAGUUGGAAUAGAUUCUCGUGUAGAGGUAUUAAAUGGCUAUAUAGGGGAAGAAGUAGGCAAAGCAAUCUUCAUAGGGAUCUGUGGGAUGGGUGGCAUAGGUAAGACGACUGUUGCAAGGGUAGUAUAUGAUAGGAUUCGUUGGCAAUUUGAAGGCAGCUGCUUCUUAGCAAAUGUCAGAGAAGUUUUUGCUGAGAAAUAUGGACCACGCCGUUUACAGGAACAACUUCUUUCUGAAAUCUUAAUGGAACGUGCUUCUGUAUGUGAUUCUUCUAGAGGGAUUGAGAUGAUAAAGCGGAGGUUACGACUUAAAAAGAUUCUUCUUAUCCUUGAUGAUGUAGAUGACAAAGAACAACUAGAAUUCUUGGCUGAGGAGCCUGGAUGGUUUGGUCCAGGGAGCAGAAUUAUCAUAACUAGCAGAGAUAAAAAAGUGGUACCUAGAAAUAAUAAUAAUAAAAUUUAUGUGGCUGAGAAAUUGAAUGAUGAUGAUGCUCUUAUGUUGUUUAGCCAGAAAGCUUUCAAAAAUGACCACCCUGCUGAAGAUUUCGUGGAACUAUCCAAGCAAGUUGUGGGUUAUGCAAAUGGCCUUCCACUGGCUCUUGAAGUUAUUGGUUCGUUUUUGUAUGCAAGAAGUAUCCCUGAAUGGAGAAGUGCAAUUAAUAGAAUGAAUGAGAUUCCUGACGGCAAAAUCAUUGAUGUGCUUCGCAUUAGUUUUGAUGGUCUCCAUGAAUCAGAUAAGAAAAUAUUUUUAGACAUUGCAUGUUUCCUGAUGGGGUUUAAAAUUGAUCGAAUAACAAGGAUACUUGAAAGCCGUGGAUUCCAUGCAGGUAUUGGAAUACCAGUUCUUAUUGAGAAAUCUCUUAUAAGUGUCUCUCGGAAUCAAGUCUGGAUGCAUAAUUUAUUACAGAUAAUGGGUAAGGAAAUUGUUCGUUGUGAAUCCCCUGAAGAGCCUGGAAGGCGCAGUAGAUUGUGGACAUACGAGGAUGUCUGCCUUGCACUGAUGGAUAACACAGGAAAAGAAAAAAUAGAAGCCAUUUUCUUGGACAUGCCUGGAAUAAAAGACGCUCACUGGAACAUGGAAGCCUUCUCUAAAAUGAGUAGACUAAGAUUGCUCAAAAUCGACAACGUUCAGCUUUCUGAAGGACCUGAAGAUCUUUCCAAAGUACUGGGUUUACGCGCUUGCAAUCUAAGAGAAGGGGCACUUCCUGAAGAUAUUGGCUGCUUAUCUUCAUUGAGGUCUUUAGAUGUGAGCCGGAAUAACUUUGUUAGGCUGCCUAGAAGCAUAAAUCUGCUUUAUGAACUGGAAACGCUUGUCUUGGAGGAUUGCACGAUGCUUGAAUCAUUGCCUGAGGUUCCGUCUAAAGUUCAAGCUGUAUAUUUGAAUGGUUGUAUAAGACUAAAAACAAUUCCAGAUCCGAUAAAGCUAAGCAGUUCCAAAAGCUCAGAGUUCAUAUGUCUUAACUGCUGGGAAUUGUACAAUCAUAAUGGUCGAGACAACAUGGGGUUGGCCUUACUUGAAAGAUACCUCAAGGGUUUGUCUAAUCCAAGACCUGGAUUUAGUAUCGCUGUUCCAGGAAAUGAAAUUCCAGGCUGGUUUAACCAUCAAAGUGAGGGAUCUUCAAUUAGUGUGCAAGUGCCUAGUUGGAGCAUGGGGUUUGUUGCGUGUGUUGCAUUCAGUGCAAAUGGUGAAAGUCCUCUUUUUUGUCAAUUCAAAGCCAAUGGAAGAGAGAAUUAUCCUUUGCCGAUGUGUAUUAGUUGUAACUCUAUCCAACUUCUGUCAGAUCAUCUUUGGCUAUUCUAUCUAUCUUUUUAUUACCUUAAAGAGCUUAAAGAAUGGAAGCAUGCAUCCUUUAGCAACAUUGAGUUGUCAUUUCAUUCUUACGAGCCAGGAGUAAAGGUGAAGAAUUGUGGUGUCUGUUUGCUAACUUCUGUAUAUAUUACCUCACAACCAUCUGUCCAUUUUAUUGUUACAAGCAAAAAAGCAGCUUCUUUAUAUAAAGCUUCUUUAGCUUCUUCUUCAUCUUACCAUCAAUGGAAAGCCAAUGUUUUCCCUGGCAUCAGAGUCUCAGACACUGGUGAUGCUUUCACCUAUUUAAAGUCAGAUCUAGCCCAGAGAUUCAUUAUCCCAUUCGAGAUGGAACCAGAGAAAGUAAUGGCAAUUAGAUCAAGACUCUUUGAGGCCAUUGAAGAAUCAGAGCUGUCAAUUAUUAUAUUUGCCAGGGAUUGUGCUUAUUUACCUUGGUGCUUUGAAGAACUUGUCAGGAUUGUCGGAUUCGUGGAUGAGAUGAGAUCGGACACUGUGUUUCCAGUUUCUUAUGAUGUCAAACAAUCAAUGAUAGAUGAUCAAACCGAGAGUUACACAAUUGUCUUUGAUAAGAACGUCGAAAAUUUCAGGGAAAACGAGGAGAAGGUGCCAAGGUGGAUGAAUAUUCUCAGGGAAGUUGAGAUUUUAACUGGAUCGAGAAGGUAA